AUGGAGCUCUCUAAUCAGAGAAAAAGACAACUAGUCGAUGCGACUACUACUGAAAACCUGAAAAAAGCGCUUACUGUGAAGCCAGAACCAAUUGACGAUUUCGAAAAAGGAGACCACGUGUCACCGUCGGCAACCCCAAUUCUUUCUUCAAUCAUAUCGACUCCACCGUCUCCGCCUGCUGCCGCAACGAAUAAUUCAAGUGUUCACAUGACAACGAGUCAAUCUAUCAACUACUUGACUCUUUUCACUGCGUUUCGUCAAUUCCUCAAUGGAUAUCUGCAAGCAGGUGGAGAUGUGAAUCUCGUGAAUGCUUUGGCCAACUAUGCAACCGCUCUGCCGUUGCCACCCAACCCAUUGAAACCUCUGUCUACAGUGGGUCUGACCACUUUCCCACCAUUCGUUUCCGAGGAAUCUCAAGAUCCCAAGCCAAUACCGAAUGUUCCAGCUAUCAAGUUAGAGCCCACUGAGCAGGCUGCAGAACCGGUGACAGUGCCUUCUUCAAGUGCGUCGAAGUUGCCAACUCUCAGUGCUGCUUUAGGAGAAGAAGGAAGUGUUCCAAACCGUAGCUCAUCGUCUACUGAUAUUCCGAACAAAUCUGAUAUCAAGCCACCACACAUCUCCUUUCCACCCUUCCCAAUGCUUCCGAUGCUACCGGCUCCCCAGUCGGUUGUCGAAGCCACGUCAGAGAUUCAACGUCUCCGUGAAGCAGCUUUCGGGAGAUACAAAAACGUUUUGUGUGUAAUUUGCAACGAGUGGAUUUGUUCCAGAAAUCGCAAGAAUCAUAUUGAAGCUCAUCUUAACUAUCGCCCAUACAAAUGUUCAGCAUGCACGUAUGCGAGACGUCGUGAAAUUUUUGUGACUCAACACAUCAAGAGUCAGCAUAAAGCAGAGGAAAACGUCACGAUGCUGACUUCUGUCGACUUACAUGUUUCUAUGGAAGUUGAUCGUCUUGCUGAUGAAUGUGUUACACGAACACGUAAACUCAUCGAGAACAUGCAAGAGAAAAAGGACGGCGAUUUUGGAGAGAACAAGGACUUUGACGAAAAAGCACUCGAGCUUAUGAUGUCAGAAGAAGCGGAAAAGAAAGUUGUAUUGAUUGAGUCGGUCAGUGCAGUGCGUCCAAAGGUUGCCAAUUACCAUCGCAGACAACGUACAAAAGUUCUCAAGAAGAUCUACGAUACUGACGUGGCAAAGCAAGCAGAACUGAAAAUUGUGAAAGAGGAAGAAGGAGGUAUGACGACAUCAAUCAGUUUGCAAGAAGGAUUCGAGAUAAAACUCGAAGAUUUGAUGAAAAUGGUCGAAGCAGUCGGUGGAAAUCCAGGAUCAGGAGAAAUUGUCUCAGAUGAUGCCAGUACAAAUGUGGUUGGAACAAGUGAACCAAGCAUUGAUUCAGCGCUCCAACAAUAA